AUGUUGGACAUUCUUAUUGCAAUCUACAAGAACGCCAAGGCAGGGCACGCUGCUGGGAAUCAGAGCACCACAGAGACGGCAAGCUUGGCAAAUCUCGUUUUCAGAGCCGACGACGCAACACAGACAGCAGCAGCUCUUGUAGUGUCUGCUAGGCCUACGCCAAAGCUCAAGAACACAUCUGCAAGUAAUACUCAGCCUAACACCUCGGCGUUCCUUCAUUCGCCCUGCGGCGAGCGCCGUACUUGUUUUUCUACUCCCUCUUCUCAGCCGCCGUCAUCCCGCACUACAAUACCCCUGGCUGGAGCCAAAACCCCAGCACGAAAAGAGAUUGUGAUUUUCUUCUGGGAAGCGCGUAUCGAGCUGCGAAAUGGCUCCAACUUCGGUCUAAAGAGGUCGAUUAAAAUCAUCAGAGACUUCAUGGAGCGUGUAGAGGUCGAUAUACUUAAUUUGUCCUGA